CCAAUUUAAAAAUGAGUCAAUCUGAUUUAGAUAGACAAAUAGCUCAAUUAAGGAACUGCGAAAACAUAACUGAAGGGGAAGUUAAAGCACUAUGUACAAAGGCUAGAGAAAUUCUGGUUGAAGAAAGCAAUGUGCAGCGAGUUGAUGCCCCAGUUACGAUCUGUGGAGAUAUUCAUGGUCAAUUCUUUGAUUUAAUGGAAUUAUUCAAAGUAGGAGGGGAUUGCCCAGACACUAACUAUUUAUUCUUAGGUGACUUUGUUGAUAGAGGAUUUAACAGCGUGGAAACAUUUUUAUUAUUAUUAGCUCUGAAAGUACGUUAUCCAGACAGAAUAACAUUAAUACGAGGGAAUCACGAAUCUAGAUAAAUUACUUAAGUGUAUGGCUUCUAUGAUGAAUGUCUAAGAAAAUAUGGGUCAUUAAAUGUUUGGAGAUAUUGCACAGACAUUUUUGAUUAUUUGAGUUUGGCUGCUGUUAUAGAGGAGAAGAUAUUUUGUGUACAUGGUGGAUUAUCACCUUCGAUAAAGACAAUGGAUGAUAUUCGAGCAAUCGAUCGUAAAUAAGAAGUACCUCAUGAUGGAGCUAUGUGUGACUUGAUGUGGAGCGAUCCUGAUGAAAUUGAGGGAUGGAAUUUAUCUCCAAGAGGGGCAGGCUAUUUAUUCGGUGGAGACGUUGUAGAUGAUUUCAAUAGAAAAAAUAAUAUUGAAUUGAUAUGUCGAGCUCAUCAAUUAGUGAUGGAAGGAUACAGAGUUAUGUUUAAUGAAUAAUUAGUGACAGUCUGGAGUGCACCUAAUUAUUGUUAUAGAUGCGGGAAUGUCGCUUCAAUUCUUGAAUUAGAUGAAAACCUUGCUAAAUCUUAUAAAAUAUUUGAAGCGGCCCCAUAAGAAAAUAGAGGAUUGCCAGCAAAGAAACCAAUUCCUGAUUAUUUUUUAUGA